GUUGACAUCCGCUCAUGUGAACAUAGAGUUCUCUCAGGAGGAGUGGGAAUGCCUGGACUCUGCUCAGAGGACUUUGUACAGGGACGUGAUGCUGGAGACCUACAGGAACCUACUCUCUGUGGCAUUCUUUAUGCACCCAAAGCCAUGGGUUUCCCUAAUUUCUCAGUCUCCUUCCAUCAAGAUAUCUCUUACACACCUGUGGUCAAGAAAUUACAACUGAAGACAAACUCUGAUAGAGGAGAGGUAUUCCAGUCAUGGAUACUGGGAAGACCUGAAAGGAAUGAAAUGGACCGUUUUUAUCUUAGGGUCAUUCAGGAAAAUAUAUACAACUUCCAGUCUAAGCAGAAAGAUGAGGAAGAAAAUUACAAAGGAAUACUUAUAACCCAUAAUGAAAAUCUCACUGGUAAUAAAGAUCAACAUGAUAAAAGUGUUGCCAGAAUCAAGCCUAUUGAAAAUUGGCUUGCCUUAAGCUUUCAGGAUGAACUGUAUAUUUUUAAAAGUGAAGACAAAACUGAUGAAUUCAUUCAAGCUCACAAGAUUCUCAAUAGUUGCGCCCCAUUUUCACUGGUUCAGAGAACUUCUUCUAGUGUAGAAAUGAACAUUUCUGAUACAUAUGGGAGUAAUUACAUGACUCCUUUAAUAAUGACACAAAACCAGGAAGCACAGAGGGAAAGACUUUACAAAUGUGGUGAGGAUGGCAAAAUCUUUCUUUAGAGAUCAAACCUCAGUAGACAUCAGGUCAUCCAUACAGAGGAGAAAUUACAUAAAUGUGAUGUAUGUGAAAAAGUCUUUAGUUGAAAUUCAUACCUUGCAAAUCAUCAGAGAAUUCAUACUGGAGAAAAACCUCACAGAUGUAAUGAGUGUGGCAAGCUCUUUGGUCAAAAAACAGACCUUACAAAUCACUUGAAAAUUCACACUAGAGAGAAACCUUACAAAUGCAAUGAGUGUGGCCAGGUCUUUAGUCAAAAAGCAACCCUUACAUGUCAUCAGAGAAUUCAUUCUGGAGAGAAACCCUACAGGUGUAAUGAGUGUGGCCCGGUCUUUAGGGAAAAGGCAAUCCUUGUGUUUCAUCAGAGAAAUCAUACUGAAGAGAAAUCUUAUAAAUGUAAUGAGUGUGGAAAGUCCUUCCAUUACAGCACAAAAUUUCGUAGACAUCAGUUAAUCCACACGGAAGGGAAAUUAUAUAAAUGUGAUCUGUGUGACAAAAUGUUCCAUCAUGAUUCCAGCAUUCCAAGACAUAAGAGAAUUCAUACUGGAGAGAAACCUUACAAAUGUGAUGAAUGUGGCAAGGCCUUCAAUCAAAAAUCAAACCUUGAAAUUCAUCAGAGAAUUCAUACUGGAGAGAAACCUUACAAAUGUAACAAGUGUGACAAAAGCUUUAAUCAGAACUCAGCCCUCACUCAGCAUAAAUUAGUCCAUAGGGAAAAGAAAUCAUAUAAGUGUGAUGUAUGUCACAGAGUCUUUUGUUGUCAUUCAAACUGUGCAAGACAUCAGAGAGUCCAUACUGGAGAGAAACCUUACAAAUGUAAUGAUUGUGGCAAGGUCUUUAGUCAGAAAGUACACCUUAGACAUCAUCAGAAAAUUCAUACAGGAGAGCAGUCUAGGCCGCAGUUGCCCUCCUGGUCUCCCGAGGGGGUGAAGACGCAGACCGUCUUCCCGUUCAGAGUAUUUGGUGAUAGAAAGGCCUUCCCUGGUGGCUCAGUUGGUAAGGAAUCCACCUGCAGCUCUUUCUUUGCCGCAUCUACUGUGAGAAUGAAGACCAUUCUCAGCAAUCAGACUGUCGACAUCCCAGAAAAUGUUGACAUUAACUUGAAGGGAUGGACAGUUAUUGUGAAGGGCCCCAGAGGCACCCUGCGGAGGGACGUCAGUCACAUCAACGUAGAACUCAGUCUCCUUGGAAAGAAAAAGAAGAGGCUCCAUGUUGACAAAUGGUGGGGAAACAGAAAGGAACUGGCUACUGUUCACACAAUCUGUAGUGAUGUACAGAACAUGAUCAAGGGUGUUACACUGGGCUUCCUUUACAAGAUGAGGUCGGUGUAUGCCCACUUCCCCAUCAACGUUGUUAUUCAGGAGAAUGGUUCUCUUGUGGAAAUCCGAAAUUUUGGGGGUGAAAAAUACAUAUGCAGGGUUGCCUGUUCAGUGUGUCAAGCCCAGAAAGAUGAGUUGAUUCUUGAAGGAAAUGACAUUGAACUUGUGUCAAAUUCAGCUGCUUUGAUUCAGCAAGCCACCACAGUUAAGGAUAUCAGAAAAUUUUUGGAUGAAUCCACAGUGAAGAAAAACCUGACAAAUUUAUUAGAGUGUGGCAAGGACUUCCGUCAAAGAAGAACCCAUGAAUGUCCUCAGAGAAUUCACACUGGAGAGAAACCUUGCAAAUGUAAUGAGUAUGGCAAGGUCUUUACUCAAAAAGGAAACCUUACACGUCAUCAUCAAAUAAUUCAUGUAGGAGAGAAACUUUACAAAUGUAAGGAAUAUGGGAAGCUCUUCAGUAGAAAGAUAAACUUAGUUCAUCAUCAAAGAAGUCAUUCUGGGGAGAAACCUUACAAAUGUGGUGAGUGUGGCAAGGUCUUCAGUAGAAAGAAUUUCCUUCUAGUUCAUAAUAGAAUUCACACUGGAGAGAAAUCUUACCAAUGUAAUGAUUGUGGCAAGCUUUUUCGGCAUAAGAACAGCCUUGCAAGCCAUCUGAGUAUUCAUACUGGAGAGAAACCUUACAAAUGUAAUAAGUGUGGGAAGGCUUUUAGUAGAAAGUUAGCCCUCACAAUUCACAAUAGAAAUCAUACUAGAGAGACACCUUACAAAUGUAAUGAGUGUGGGAAGGUCUUGCAGCAACAAUACCUUACACUUCAUAAUACAAUUCAUACUGAGGAGAAACCUUACAAAUGUAAAGAGUGUGGCAAGAUGUUUCCGCAAACAUCCACCCUUUCAGUUCAUAAAAUUCAUACUGGACAGAAACCUUACAUAUGUAAUGAGUGUGGGAAAGCUUUUAGUGCAUAUUCAGACUUAACUAGACAUCAAGCAGUUCAUACAGGAGAGAAACUGUAUAAAUGUGACGUAUGUGGAAAAGCCUUUAGUCAAAACGCAACACUUACAGUUCAUCAGAGAAUUCAUACUGGAGAGAAACCAUAUAAAUGUGAUAUAUGUGGCCGGUGCUUUAUUCAAAAUGCACACUUUGGGAUUCAUCAGAGAAUUCAUACUGGAGAGAAACCGUAUAAAUGUGCUGAGUGUGGAAAAGCUUUUAGUGCACAUUCAGACUUAAGUAAACAUCAAGCACUUCAUACAGGAGGGAAACCAUAUAAAUGUAAUUUAUGUGGCAAAGCCUUCAAUCUCAGGUCUUAUUUUACACUCCAUUGGAGAAUUCAUGCUGGAGAGAAACCGUAUCAGUGUGAUGUAUGUGGCCAGUGCUUUAGUCGAAAUUCAUACCUUAGGAAUCAUCGGAGAAUUCAUACUGGAGAGAAACCUUACAAAUGUAAAGAGUGUGGCAAAGCCUUCAGUCAGAGUUCAGGCCUUAAAGCUCAUCAGAGAAUUCAUACUUUAGAGAAACCGUAUAAAUGUGAUGAGUGUGGCAAAACUUUUAGUGCACAUCCAGACUUAACUAAACAUCAAGCAGUUCACACAGGAGAGAAUCCAUAUACAUGUAAUUUAUGUGGCAAAGCGUUCAGGUACAGGGCUUCCUUUGCAGUUCAUCACAGAACUCAUGCUGGAGAGAAACCAUACAAAUGUGAUGAGUGUGGCAAAGCUUAUAGUGCACGUUCAACCUUUAUUCACCAUCAAGCAGUACAUAUGGGAGAGAAACCAUAUAAACGUAAUUUGUGUGGCACAGCCUUCAGAUACAGGACCGACUUUUCAGUUCAUCAAUUAAUUCAUAAUGGAGAGUAACCUUACAAAUGUCCUGAGUGUGGCAAAGUCUUUAGUAAGAGUCUAGUCCUUACAGUCAAUCAGAGAGUUCAUACAAAAGAGAAACCAUGUAAAUAUGA